ACGAGCCUCGACAGACGUUGACGUCCCCGCCGCGCCAUCUUUAGAAACAGUGAGCGCAACACUGAAUGGAACUUGAUGUCCGUCGUGUGUCCAGAGCCGCUCGCUGUAUUGGAGUGAUACCUUUGCUUCCAGGUGUUUGAUCGGUACAGGUGAUCAUGGGGAUCAAGGUUCAGCGCGCCAGAUGCUUCUUCGACAUUGGAAUCGGUAAUGUGCUCGUGGGCAGAGUUGUGGUGGAGCUGUUUUCGGACAUCUGUCCAAAAACAUGUGAAAACUUCAGAUGCCUCUGCACAGGUGAGAAAGGCGUCGGUAAAGGAACUCAGAAACCCCUGCACUACAAAGGAUGUCUGUUCCAUCGUGUUGUGAAGGACUUCAUGAUUCAAGGAGGAGACUUCAGUGAGGGCAACGGAAGAGGAGGCGAGUCCAUCUAUGGAGGCUUUUUUGAAGAUGAAAGCUUUGCUGUCAAGCACAACAAGGAAUACCUGCUGUCUAUGGCCAAUAGGGGCAAAGACACAAAUGGAUCGCAGUUUUUCAUAACAACAAAACCCUCACCACAUCUGGAUGGAGUGCAUGUAGUUUUUGGCCAUGUGAUCUCUGGCCAAGAGGUUGUUCAAACCAUGGAGAACCAGAAAACAGAUCCUAACAGCAAACCGUAUGCUGAAAUCAAAGUUCUGAACUGUGGAGAGCUGGUCCCUAAAUCUAAAGCAAAGAAGGAUGAAAAAAAGAAAGGGCGAGCCUCCAGUUCCAGCAGCAGCUCAAGCUCCUCAGAAAGCUCCUCAGAUUCCUCUUCUGACACUGACGAAUCUGGGAAAGAAUCCAAGAAGCGGAAGAAGAAGGCAAAAAAGCUCAAAAAGAAAGAGAAGAAGAAGGACAAGAAAAGGUCAGAGGAUGAAAAUGCUGAAGAGAAGGAACAAGAGGAAUUGGUUACAUCCACUGUGCGUCCAGAAGAAAUACCGCCCAUCCCAGAGAACCGAUUCCUCAUGAGAAGAAGUCCUCAAGCAGUCCAGAAGUCAAAAGAGGAGACUGACAAGGAACCCAGAAGUAGAGAGGAAAGGCCAAGAGAGAGUGCUAGCACAACUUAUAAUUCUCAGUCAGCAUAUCACAAAAGACUCGUGAUGACGAGAUCUGGCAGGAAGAUAAAAGGCAGAGGUCCGAGGAGAUACCGAACUCCGUCUCGCUCAAGGUCCAGAGAUCGUUUUCGGCGAAGUGAAACUCCUCCACACUGGCGUCAAGAGCUGCAGCGUCAGAGGAUGAGGGCAGUGACUGGAGAACGCUGGAUUAAGGGUGACAGAGGUGACAUGAGUGAGGCCAAGGAUGAAGCUGCCAAAGCUCCAAGAAGAGAGAGACGGGCCUCCAGCACGAAGCAUGACAAAACAGCUGAGGGUAAAAAAGACAAGAAGAGUCGGUCACAUAGAUCUAAAAGCAAAGAAGAGGAGGCUGUAGAGAAGGAUGAGAAGCAUAGCAAACACAAGUCAAAGAAACAAGAUAAAUCUCAAAGUCGCAGUAAAAGCAGAGAGAAGAGCAGAAGAUCAAAAAGCAGAGACGAAGGUCACAAGCACAAAAGUGAUGAAAGGAGAGGUCGCUCGGGGAGCAAAAACCGAGAUGUUAAUAAGAAGGAAAAGGAAUCAGAAUCGGAUCCUAGUAAAGAUAAAAAUAAGGGCCAUGAGUCUGACAAAAAGCAUAAAGAGGACACAAAAGGACGAAAUGGUGAGGGAACUAGAACAAAAUCACAAAGCAAGGAAAGAACUACAAAAGAUGGGCAUAGAUCGAGUAGCAGAAACAGGGAUAGGGGCGGAACUGCAGCGUCAAAAGAAAAAGACGAAAAACGAGAAAAGGACAGCGAGAGGGACAGGGAACGUAGCAGGAGUCAGGAAAGACGACGCAACAGUGACAGAGAGAACAGGAGGAGGGGAACAUCCAGGGACAAGGAACAUCGUACAAGAAGUUCAGAGAGAAAUAAGACCAGAGACUCGCACAGAAGCAGGCGCUCCAGAAGUAAGAGUGAUAAGAGGGUUCACAGCAAAGACCGGUCAUCACAUAGAAAAGACAAGGUAGCUGCCGACCAAAGGAGAAGACGUAGCAGCAGCUCCGGAAGUGACAGAAAUGAGAAAAGGAAGAGUCGUAAGAGCCCUGAAAAUAGUGCCUCCAAGUCCAAAGACAGAAGAAGUCCAGCCAGUACCAGACCAGAUAGUACAAAAGGCAAAGACCGAAACAACAGCAAGAGGAAUAAAUCGAGCUCUAGCUCCAGCUCUGACAGCGACUGAGCCAAUGACGGUUUCCUAAACGAGCAGAUAGGGAUUUCUGGUUUGUCUCCAUUUUAUACCCACUUCACACGUAUGCAGCACAGGCUUUUUAUCCAUAGUGGGACGUAUUCACGUUCCUCAUUCAGUGCAAAAAGAGAAUCAGUUCAGGCGAAAAUUAUGUCAGUGGCACGAGUCUAAGAAUUCCAAUUUCCAAAGUGUUGAAUAACUGUGAUAUAUCAGCGAGAAACACUACAACAGAUGGAGGUCAUGCGUGAAAAGAGGACUAAUCUUUGAAGCAGUAAACAAGAGGGGGAGAGAAGAAGUGCAGCGCAACAAACAAAACGACUGUAAACAACUAACUAAUCCAACUUGUAAUUACAAACUCCGUGACAUCACCUGAAUUCUGGCUGAACUGUUCGGCUCUGAAUGGGGAUCGGAUUUGUUCCUCAUUAGUUGUGCAUCACUUUUGAUUGGAAGCUGAAGCUGCGUGGCCAGUUUAAAGAAAAUGACUUGUGAUGGAAAAAGAAACACCGGUGUAAAUACCAGGUUCUAUAUUAAUUGUACAUGACCAGAGGAAUUUGUUUUUGUUUUUCUUUAUUAUUUGGUGUUUUUUUUGUGAGAAAAUGUUAUUUUGGCUUAACAAUGGCUCCGAUUUCAGACUGUUGGUAAAAAAGAAAAAAAAAAUCACAUUUAAGAUUUUACUGCAACAGAUUGGCUGAUUUUAAAUAUUUUCCCCAUUAGGACAUUUUCUACUGAAAUUUGUUUUUAAUAUUAUUUAAUGCAGUUGUUUUUGGGGAUAAGGUCUGCUUUGAAAUUUAAGUCUGAACAUUACUUAGUUAAUUUUUACUACAACAAUCAGUCUAGAAGAGAACACUCAUAAUGUCUUGCAUGUUUGCUGAUCCCUCUCAUCAUUUGAUAAAAUAUGUACAUACAUGACUUUUUUUGUUGUACAUCCACAACCUUACUGUAAUCCUGUCUGUUAACCAUUUUUGAGAUACCUCUGGGUUGUCUUCGUUUUUUGGGGGGGGAAAUGUCUCUAUAAUGCUGUACGUAAGACAUAAAAUCAGUUUGUAUAAAUUGUGUUUUGUGCAA